AUUUCUUAUAAAUUUUUCGUGUAAAAAAAAAAAAAGGGAUCUUGUUUGGAGAAAAACACAACUUCGGGACCCGCAAAUCCCUCGCGCUCCCGCCAUGAAUCCCGAGUACGAUUACCUGUUCAAGCUUUUGCUAAUUGGAGAUUCUGGUGUUGGCAAGUCUUGCCUCCUUCUUAGAUUUGCUGAUGAUUCGUAUCUGGAGAGUUACAUCAGCACCAUUGGAGUUGAUUUUAAAAUACGCACUGUGGAGCAGGAUGGGAAGACCAUCAAACUUCAGAUUUGGGAUACUGCUGGACAAGAACGGUUUAGAACAAUUACCAGCAGCUACUAUCGUGGCGCCCAUGGAAUAAUCGUGGUAUAUGAUGUGACGGAUCAGGAGAGCUUCAAUAAUGUCAAACAAUGGCUGAAUGAGAUCGACCGUUACGCCAGCGAAAAUGUGAACAAGAUUUUGGUUGGAAACAAAUGUGAUCUGACAGCUAACAAAGUUGUGUCUUACGAGACAGCCAAGGCUUUUGCUGAUGAGAUCGGCAUCCCGUUCUUGGAAACUAGUGCCAAGAAUGCAACUAAUGUGGAACAAGCCUUCAUGGCCAUGGCUGCUGCCAUCAAGAACAGGAUGGCAAGCCAACCGGCUGCAAACAGUGCCAGACCUCCGACCGUGCAAAUUCGCGGGCAACCUGUGAACCAGAAAAGCUCAUGCUGUUCUUCUUAAAUACUUACAAAACUAUAUAUAUAUAUAUAUAUAUAUGCAUCACCAUGCAUGUAAAACUGGAUUUGCUUGCCACUAUGAACUUGUACUGCAGCAUGCUGUCUCUUUUUACCUUAUCCUAUUUGAAAGCUUUUGCUCUCUUAAUGCCAUUUCUUGUUUGAUUUACUAGUAUUCACAUUUUGUGUCA